AUAGCACACGCGUGUACACUCAUGGUCACACGCACCCAGUACCACGGACUUCUGCUCCUGAAGGAAGCAGCUCCGGCUCCAGCUCCACACUCGAGUCCCCGCGGGAGACUGCUUGCAGGCAUUGAGCCUAGGUCGCUCCUGCCUAGCGAAGGAAUUAAGUCAUGCAGCAAACGCUAGCUCAGUGUCUUCCCUAAGGAGAGAAGCCACAGUCCUACUGGCAGGAGUGCGGCACCCCCGGGGAGGCGCACAGAGACCCGGAGACAGCGCGGGGUCCGUGGCAAACCAGGCAGCCGGGGAGGUGGCCCUGGAGGGAGACCGGGCCUGCACGGGAAGCCAGGGAGGGAGCAGGGCCUUGAAGGGUCAGACAGAGACAGCGGUGCUGGAAGGAGGUGGACAGGAGACAGGACACCGCAGAUAGGUGUCUGCCAGCACCCUGGGCUCGGGGGGGUUACCAGAAGGAGGGUGGGUGUGAGGCCUUGCAUGUGCUGGGAAGCAGAAUCUGGAUGGGAGCCAUGAAGUUGGGGCUGCAGUAGUUCACACAGGAGCUUGCGAGGUCUGGAUAGCGGUGUGAGGCACCUGGAGAAGGUGUGCACGUGAGGAGUGCAGCCUGCUUCCCACACGGAGCAAAGCCGGAAAAGCGGGAGGGUGGGGUUUUCCUCAGAACUGAACCUACUGCCAGGGCUGUGUCCAGGACGCAGUUGUCUGGAGUUCGAGACACGACCCAGCCUCAUGCCGAGAAGAGGGGACUCAGGUCAUAGCGCCUAUGGGGACCCUGCAACCGGAAGGCUGUUGGAGUUUGUUGGGCUGCACCCGAGCGGCCGCUGGAGGGCGCCGGAGCCCACACACGCCUUCCCUUUAAGCCGGGCCGGAAGUCGGAGGGCGAGAAGCCCGCCCGUUCCUUUAAGGGGGCGGAGUCUCGGGCGGCGGCAACUUCGAACCGACGCGGGUUUAUGGGUAGCGGACUGGCCCCGCGUCUCCAUGCACCAGCACCGUCCAGAACCCGCUCACUCUGGGUUGGCAAGAGGACCCGGCGCCCAAUGCAGCCUUGAUUCCACGGCCUCAGCUGCUGCUCCCUCCCAGGAACCUGGCCCGUGGACGCUGUUCUCUGUGGACGAGGAGCUCGAGGAUGAGGAUUUCUUGUCUGCCCUGGAGGAUGCUGAGAACAGGCUUGCUGGGGAGCUGCCCGGACCAGCAGGACACUUGCACCCCACAGUUCCUUUGGAAGCAAGCCGCCCCCCUGCACCCCAUGUGCCCAGCACUGUCGGGGACCCCCGGAGGCCACUCUUGACUUCCAGUGACUGGCGGGGUGGGCAGAGGCCAGUGUGGGCAGAGGCGGCCCCUGAGGGCCCAGGGCAGGACAAGCUGGACCAAGUCCUGGCCGACCUGGAGCUGGAGCUGGGGGCUGGGGCCGAGGACCCCACGCAGACUAAGAGAGCCCGGGUUCAGGGCCCGAGUGGGUGGAGCCAGCUGCCCCUGGAUGUCCCACCCAAGCCUGCCGGGUCCUGCAGGACACCACGGACACUCCUGAGGCCCGGUGCCACCUGGGCAGCUGCCGCCCCACCAGGGCACACACCCCAACCGCGCCAGCCCACACAGCCCCCUCUGCCACUCCAUGGCCCUGAGGUCUCUCUGGGGGCGCCCCCGCCAUCCCGGGCACCUGCCUGUCCAGCAGUGUCACCCAUCAGCACCCUGAGAGGCCCCCGCUCCUCGCUGCACAUGCCCGUUGUCACCAACCACCUGGUGCAGCUGGUCACUGCCGGCGCCCAGAGCCCAGCCCGCGUCUGCAGGCGCCGCUUCCCUGGGCCUGCCGGGCUCCUGCCACAGCAGCAUGGCAAGAAGAACCCAGAAGAGAUCAUGGUUUCCGCACCACAGACUCCGGCCCAUGGCGCUUUGGCCAAGCGCUGCUCUAAGGCGCUCGCCACUAGUGCCCAGGCGUCAGCAGAGGAGGACGUGGGGCAUAGAGCCUGGCUGGCCAUGAAGGCGGCCCUGCGCCUGGAUGACGGCGACCCCACCUGCUUCUUGCACACCUGCAGUGUGGCCAUGGUGCUGCGGAAGGCCGCCCUGAGGCAGCUCCCUGGGAACAAGGUCCCCACCAUGGCCGUGAUGAUCAAGUCCCUGACCCGGAGCACCAUGGACGCCAGCGCAGUGCUGAGAGACCCCACAGGCGAGAUGCAGGGGACGCUGCACCGGGCGCUACUGGAGGCCCGGCAGGGAGAGCUGAAGCCAGGCGCUGUGCUGCUGCUGCGGCAGGUGGGCGUCUUCUCACCGUCCCUCCGAAACCACUACCUCAACGUGACACCCAGCAACCUGGUCCGUGUUUACAGCCCCGACUCGGGAGACGGGGGCCUGCUCCGGCCUCCACAGCCCACCCUGGAGCACCCAGGAGGUUCCCAGGGGAGACCCCAGCCAGAUGUGGCCGCACAGCCUGGGCCAGGCCUGAGGACAAGGCAGGGGCCAGGGGCCAGGGUGGCCUUGGAGGAGGACGCUCUGGAUGACAACCUGGAUGGACUUCUGAGCGAGCUCCCUGACUGAGGCAGGGGCCAGGUCCCAGGCCGGGGAAGAUGCUGGCGCGGUGAGACUGGCUGGGUGCCCUGUGCUCACCCAGGCUGCUGCCCCGGACCGUCUCUUGGCUGUGCCCGGCCGGCCCCAUUAUCUUUCUGCCCACAGCUUGGCCCGUCCUGGAGCCACAGGGGACCCAAAGCCCACCCUGCCCACGCUGCUGCCCCGGUCCUGAAAUAAAGCUGUAGCCUCUCGUGUCCUCGGCAGGUGUGGCCGGGCACAGCACGCCCCACGCUGUCUGUGUCACUUGUCUCUAGCACCUUAGGAGCCACUUCCUAUCAGGGUGGCGCAGGACCUGGCUCCGCACACCACGCUCCUGUCCCUUGGCCUGAGAAGCUGUGGCACGCUUGUCACCAUCCCUGACACCACACUGUGGGUCAGGUGUCAGCGCAGGACCCAGGGUGCUGUGACCUUCAUGACCCUCAGAGAGGUAGCACGCGCCUGGUGGAGCUUGGGGAGGAGGCAGAGCACAGACCCCUGCCCUGUGUGCUGGGCCUGGCUCUGCACGGGGCUCUGCCUCUCCCGUGCACUCGGGGGUCCGGGCAAGGUGUGACCUGUGACCUGCUCUCAUGUAGCCCCGGACAGCGGUGAGUGUGGGGUACAGAGGCCCCAGUGUCCUCGCCAGCCUUGCUUGCUCUCCCACCUGGUGAGAGGAGGCAGUGGGCAGCCCUUGGGCUGGCUGGAGCCUCCCUGCCUCAGCCUUCUGCAGCUGCCAUGGCGACAGCUUGUGCUUCCUCUUCCCACAGCCCAAGCCAGGUCCAGCCUAUAGCCAGCCAUUGCCCACAGGCUCCACGCUGG